GAAUAGUGCUUGACAGUAAAUAAGUGUCCAACAAAUGUUGGCUGCAAUUAUUUUAAUUUGCCCUACAUUUUUAUGGUUCAAGCUUUGAAGCUAUCCAUUGAUUCAUUUAUUCUAGGAUUUAUUGGUGAUUAUAUGCUUCGUCAUGUCCCUUUUUGACUUUUUCUACCUCAGGAGUCCUGCUUGUUUUGGUUUUCAGAGGUCCUAAUUUGUUCUGUUUUUUUUUUUUCUUUCUAGUUUUAAACCUUUAAUUUACAGAAGUCCGUAUUAUGUACUAUGAUUGCUUGCAAUUACUUUUCCCUUCUAGUGAGUGCCAAUGCUAGGCAUCUCUUUCCCUUUAGUAGUUCCUUACAAGCAGACACUGUCCCUAUUUAUUUCCAAGGAACCUAACUUUGUGUCCAACUUUGUGUGGAGUAGAGACUAGUAAAUAUUUGUUGAACUGAUUAUAAUUAUGGACCAUAAAGCAAGGCAGCUGAGCAUAGCUGCCCAAUCAAAUUUAUAUCCCCUAAAUUAGAAAAGUAUAAACUUCUAGAAGUCUUUUAGGGCAGGGUGAGUCACUCAUUGCAUAAAAGUUGGUUACAUACCUGCUAUAUACCAGCUUUCCUGAGAAAAUUUUAGGUAGCAGUUUUGUAGAUAGAAGUCUGAUAUCUGAAAACUCUAUUACACUCCCACGUCCCGGAUGCUAAUCUGACACGGGAAAGCUGUUGAAAGAGAAAAGCAAUCCUUGUUCUCCCAGGAUGUAGCCUGGUGGGAAUAGAUUGAAAGUGGGAUGAUGGUCUGACCGGGGUGCUGCAGGUAUGAAGGAGCAAGAACACAAAGCUCAAAACCCAUCAAGGAAGUCACAAAAGGAAGUGAUGUUUUUAUUAAGUCACACAACUUUACCACUGACUAGUCAAAGAAGAAGGAAAAGAAUUCCAGGUAGAAGAAACCAUUCUGAAAGGCCAGGUGAGGAAAAUGGCAUGUUUGAGAAAUGGGAAUAAAUCAGUGACAGGAGCCCACAGUGUGAAAUGAGAUUAAUAGGGUGGGUGAGGUACAGAUUUGGAAAAUUUUGUAAGCCCUGGAAAGGGUUUACAUGUUGUAAAGAGAACAUGUUGUAAAGAGAAUCUACUGAGGAUUUUUAAGUGGGGAAAUGGCCUUUAAUAAGACACUUUGCUCUGUAGAGAAGGGAUUGGAGAGCAGGACCAGAGAUUAGGCUACUGAUGAGAAACAGCUGGGAAAAUCUAGGUGGUGGCAUGUGUGGCUCAGAAUAUGGUGGUGGUAGUACAGAUGGAGACUGGGGUGGGGGAUGUUUUCAAGAGAUAUAUAACUGGUCAGAUGGAUAGGAUUUGGUGUUGAUUGGAUUUAGAAAGAGAAGAGAGCAGUCAAAAAUAUCUUCCAAGUGUCUGAGUUGAGAAAAUAGGAAGGUACCAUUUACCUAAGUAGGAAGUAGGAAUAGGUUUGAAAGGGAUCAUAAGCUCAGUCUAAGGUGCCCACAACAUAUUUUAAGAGAUUUUUGGAUAUAGAAAGUGUAAAGUUCAGGAAAGAAGUUUGAAUUUGAGAAUCAAAAAACAUAAGUUAGACAUGAAUUUUAACUAGGUCAAAUAUAAGCAAACCAGUUGAACCAAUACUUGUCAGUGCCCAUGGUGAGCAGGACUGUGGGAGAUAAAAAGUUUUUUAGGUAAUUAGCACCUAACGUGAUGGAGAUAGGUAUCUAUUUAGUUAACUGCAGAACAGUGCAAUAAACACUGGAGCGCUGCAAACCAAGUACUGGGCAACCACAGAAAAGAAAAUGAUUUGUGAGUGGCUCCCUGGAGGAGUGGGCUUUGAACUGGGCCUUAACAUGAGAAGAUGGGCCUUCCUGGUGGCUUGGGAGUUAAGUCUCAGCGCUAUCACCGCUAUGGCCUGAGUUCUAUCCCAGCCAGGGAGCUAACUCACGUGACAAAGCAGGGUGCUCCUGUCUCGCAGCUGCUCCCCUUGGCAGUGUAUUUCAGUAAAUCUGCCUGAUCUGCUCCCCGCUCUGCCUCUUAUGAAUCCUCUCACCCUCCCUACCCCCACCCACCACCUUUGGCUUACACCCUGGUUCUUCUAUGCAAGAAAAAAAAGAAACGAGAAGAUGAAAGAGAAGGGCAUUUGGGGCUUAGGGUAUAACAAAGGUACAGUACCUGAAAGUACAUAUAUGUUCAGAGUACUGUGGGUUGUUGAUGUGGCUGGAGUGUGGCUUAUAUCGCACAAUCUAGUUAUGCUUUAAGGUAUUAUAGUUGCAGAUAAGUAUUUUGGUGUCAAAUGAAGGAGACAUUCAGUGCUAUGUAUGUUAUAGGCAAACAACUGCUGUGGCAGAGCUGAGAUGUGGAUUUGGUGGUCUGACAUCAGUUACAUUUUCAAACAUGCAUCCUUGCAUGUCUUCUCUGUUCAGCAUAGUCUAGUCAUAGGUCUAAGUAAAUAUAGUGUUCUUACCUAUACUUUUUUUUUCCAAGAUUUAUUUUAUUUAUUUUUGCAUAGAAGAACUGGGAUGUAGGCCAAAGGUGCAGGGGGUGAGAGGAUUCACCAGAGACAGAGUGAGGAGCAGAACAGGCAGAUCUACUGAAAUACACUGCUAAGGGGAGUAGCAGGUGAGACAGGAGAGGUCUGCUGUGCCAUGUGGGUCAGCUCCCUGGCCUGGGAUCGAACUUGUGCUGCGAUGGCUGCUGAUAGCUUCACAGUCCUGAGACUUAACCCCUUGCGCCACCAUGGAGGCCCACCUAUAUACUCUCUUAAGUGGCUCUCCUUUUCAGCUGUGAAGACUAAUAGCAGCAGAAUAUCCUGGGGCCCCCUGGGUUUUCAUUAAAUUUGGACAAUGCUUUAGUGGCUUUAGAGUCUGGGAGCAUGUGGUGCUAGAUACUGGUUUCCCUAAUAGCUCUGCAAGGAGAUGUCAGGCGAGAUCAUCUUUUCCAUUCAACCUGCGGGAUAGAGUUACUAGGACAUUCCUAGAGGUCACAUAAUUGGAUUUAUUAAACUGCACAGUGAAAGUGACCUUUCUCUUCCUGCACAGUUUAGUCCUGUUAACCAGGAGAUACUUAUUAAGUACUCAGAAAGGACAGAGCAGUGGGUGCGGUAUAAUGACUGGUCACAAAGCAAAUAGACUUGACUCCUACUUUCUAGGCGCUUACUAUUUGGAAUGGAGUGAGUGAUGUGCUAUAAACCAGCUCUUCUAGAAAAAAAAAAAUACCCCGACUUGUGGUGCUUGUCAAUACUCUCGCCGUCACUCAUUUCAAGCUAUGAAUUUGAUGUCACUAAACUUGGAGUUGGGAAGAGAUGUGCACAGUGGGUUCUUGGGAGCUGGUAGAGCUGGCUCCAGCACACCAUGGGAUGAAUCAUACAUACUGAGAAAGCCUACAAUAGCAACAGCCCCAGCUAUCUGACUUCAUGUGAAAGAUGGCUAAUGCGGAAGUGAGUGUCCCAGUGGGGGAUGUGGUUGUGGUACCCACUGAAGGAAAUGAAGGGGAGAACCCUGAAGACACUAAAACCCAAGUGAUCUUGCAGUUACAGCCUGUGCAACAAGGUUUGUUUUUCGAUGGACACUUUUACAACAGGAUUUAUGAAGCUGGGUCGGAGAACAACACAGCAGUUGUGGCAGUAGAAACUCACACGAUACACAAAAUUGAAGAAGGGAUUGAUGCAAGCACUAUAGAAGCAAAUGAGGAUAUGGAAAUUGCUUACCCCAUAACUUGUGGGGAAAGCAAAGCCAUUCUCCUCUGGAAGAAGUUUGUGUGUCCAGGAAUUAAUGUAAAAUGUGUUAAGUUCAAUGAUCAAUUGAUUAGCCCCAAGCAUUUUGUUCAUCUGGCUGGCAAGUCCACCCUAAAGGACUGGAAGAGAGCCAUUCGUCUGGGUGGAAUUAUGCUCAGAAAAAUGAUGGACUCCGGACAGAUUGAUUUCUACCAGCAUGACAAGGUUUGCUCUAAUACCUGCAGAAGCACCAAAUUUGAUCUUCUGAUCAGCAGUGCAAGAGCACCAGUGCCGGGACAACAGACAAGUGUGGUGCAGACACCCACUUCGGCUGAUGGUAGCAUCACACAGAUUGCCAUCUCUGAAGAGAGCAUGGAAGAGGCAGGGCUGGAAUGGAACUCAGCUCUCACUGCUGCUGUCACCAUGGCCACAGAGGAGGGUGUAAAGAAAGACUCAGAGGAAAUUUCAGAGGACACGUUGAUGUUCUGGAAGGGAAUAGCUGAUGUAGGACUGAUGGAAGAGGUUGUCUGCAAUAUACAGAAGGAAAUAGAGGAGCUGCUCAGGGGGGUUCAGCAGCGGCUCAUUCAGGCUCCCUUCCAGGUCACAGAUGCCGCUGUUCUCAACAAUGUAGCACAUACAUUUGGCCUAAUGGACACAAUCAAGAAGGUUUUGGACAACAGAAGGAGCCAAGUAGAGCAGGGAGAAGAGCAAUUUCUCUAUACUCUAACAGAUUUAGAACGCCAGUUAGAAGAGCAGAAGAAGCAAGCUCAGGAUCACAGGCUGAAAUCACAGACAGUUCAAAAUGUGGUACUGAUGCCUGUGAGCACUCCUAAACCUCCAAAGAGGCCCCGGCUCCAGCGGCCAGCCUCCACCACCGUCCUGAGUCCUUCUCCUCCUGUCCAGCAGCCUCAGUUCACGGUCAUCUCACCCAUCACCAUCACCCCGGUGGGUCAAUCAUUUUCCAUGGGCAAUAUUCCAGUGGCCACCCUCAGCCAGGGCUCCAGUCCUGUGACUGUCCACACACUGCCUUCUGGGCCUCAGCUCUUCCGCUAUGCCACAGUGGUCUCCUCUGCCAAGAGCAGUUCACCAGACACAGUGACCAUUCACCCUUCGUCUAGCCUGGCCCUGCUAAGCUCCCCUGCUGUGCCGGAUGGGAGUACCCUGGGCAACAUGACCACCAUGGUAAGCCCUAUGGAGUUGGUGACCAUGGAGUCUGGCCUGACCUCAGCAAUCCAGGCUGUUGAAAGCACCUCAGAGGACGGGCAGACCAUCAUUGAGAUUGAUCCAGCCCCAGACCCAGAGGCUGAGGAUACUGAGGGCAAAGCCGUCAUUUUGGAGACAGAGCUGAGGACUGAGGAGAAAGUGGUGGCUGAGAUGGAAGAACACCAGCAUCAAGUCCACAAUGUGGAGAUUGUGGUCUUAGAGGAUUAACUGGGGAUCUUGGGGCCAGGAGAUAUGUUUUGGUUUGGAAUUUUAAUUAUUUGUUUAUUUUUAUCAUUGUCCUGCUCAUUUCCAUAUAGGGUCCCCCCCCUUUUUU